AGAGAGAGACAGACAGACAGACCGAGGAGGAGGCGAAGAAAAGGCAUGAGUCUGAUCAAAGAGGUGGCGAGUUUGUUAUAGUUAAAUUUGAGGGGAAAUCUCGUCCCCUUACCUCUCCCCAAUAAAUAGAAGCCCCGGCUAUCAUCUUUCCAUUGUCUGGCUGCGGUGGUGAUCUGUCCCAAAGAAGAAAGCAACUCAAGGCUGGUUUCUCCCGGGCCUGAGAGCACUUUUCCGAACGAUGUCUGUCACUGUUCACGAGAACCGGAAAUCGCGUUCCAGCUCAGGCUCCAUGAACAUCCAGCUCUUCCACAAGGCGUCGCACGCGGACAGCCUCCUGACUCACCUCAACCUCCUGCGGAAGCGUCAUCUUUUCACCGACGUCACCCUGCGGGCGGGCAACCGCUCCUUCCCGUGCCACCGCGUGGUGCUGGCCUCCUGCAGCCGGUACUUUGAGGCCAUGUUCGCCGGUGGCCUGAAGGAGAGCCACGACAGUGAGGUCAACUUCCACGACUCGCUGCACCCCGAGGUGCUGGAGCUGCUGCUGGACUACGCCUACUCGUCCCGGGUGCUGAUCAACGAGGAGAACGCCGAGUCCCUGCUGGAAGCCAGCGACAUGCUGCAGUUCCACGACAUCCGCGAGGCCUCGGCUGAGUUCCUGGAGAAGAACCUGCACCCCAUGAACUGCUUGGGCAUGAUGCUGCUCUCGGACGCCCACCAGUGCGGGCAGCUCUACGAGCUCUCCUGGCAGGCCUGCCUGGCCUACUUUGCCAUGCUCUACAGGACAGAGGACUUCCUGAGGCUGCCCAAGGACAAGCUGGUGGAGCUUAUCCUGAGCGAGGAGCUGGAGGUGGAGGACGAGAGCCUGGUCUACGAAGCGGUGAUGGGCUGGGUGAAGCACGAUCUGAGGCGGCGGAGGGACGAUCUGCCGGAGCUCUUGCGCUGCGUGCGCUUGGCGUUGCUGCCGGAGUCCUACCUGUACCAGAGUGUACUGGGUGAGGAGCUGGUGGCCGGUCACCAGACCGGCAAGGGGGUGGUGGAGGAGGCCAUCUGCUGCAAGACCCGGAUCCUGCAGAACGACGGGGUGGUGACCCUCCUGUGCGCCAGGCCCCGCAAGGUCAACCACGACGUGCUGCUGCUGGGCGGCCAGACCUUCGUGUGCGACAAGGUCUACGCCAUUGACCAGAAAGCCAAGACCGUCAUCCCCAAGACAGACAUCCCCAGCCCCCGCAAGGAGUGUAGCGCCUGUGCUAUUGGCUGCAAGGUCUACGUCACCGGUGGCCGCGGUUCCGAAAAUGGCGUCUCCAAAGAUGUCUGGGUAUACGACACCCUCCACGACGAGUGGACCAAGGCCGCUCCCAUGCUGCUAGCCCGUUACGGACAUGGCUCUGCGGAGCUAGACCAGUGCCUGUACGCGGUGGGCGGGCACACGGCCGUCAGCGUCUCAUUCCCGGCCUCGCCCUCUGUCUCCCUCAAGCAGGUCGAGCACUACGACCCCCAAGCCAACAAGUGGACCCUGGUGGCCCCCCUCCGUGAAGGGGUCAGCAACGCCGCAGUAGUCGGCGCCAGGCUCAAGCUCUUCGUCUUUGGGGGCACCAGCGUCAACCGCGAGAAGUUGCCCAAGGUGCAGUGCUUCCAUCCAGGGGAGAACCGGUGGACGGUGCCCACACACUGCCCGCAGCCCUGGCGAUACACCUCGGCGUCUGUCGUGGGCGACCAUAUCAUCGUCAUUGGCGGCGACACAGAAUUCUCGGCCAGCUCUGCGUACCGUUUCAACAGCGAGACCUACCAAUGGUCGAAGUUUGGCGACAUGACAGCGCGGAGAGUCAGCUGCCACUCGGUGGCAUCCGGUAAUCGGCUCUACGUAGUUGGUGGGUACUUUGGUGCCCAGAUGUGCAAGACCCUGGACUGUUACGAUUCAUCGACAGGCACAUGGAGCAACAUCACCACCAUCCCCUACUCACUCAUCCCAACCACCUUCGUCAGCACGUGGAAAUACCUCUCUGUGUAGCUCAACCAUUGCCCUGGGCUCUGCGAUCUGAGGGUCGAUGGAUUACCUGCUGCUGUUAAAAGACGAAGAACAUUGAAGAACGAGGGAUUGCACAGCCAGGUUCACCUGAUGUUGUCCCGACACUGGAGGGUAUUGGGCUAGAGAGGACUGCGCUGAGCCCUCUGGCUGACCGUCGAUGUAUGAGGUCAGCACCUUUGCCAAAAUUUGGCAAACCACACCAUGUGUAUUUUGGUGUUCCUGCCGUUUAUGACAUACAGACCUCUCGGGGGAUUGGGACUUCAUCUCUUUCAGACUUCACAUCUGCCUGACGUUUGUCUUGGUUGUGAUUUUAAGACACCAUAUUUGCCUGUUCAGCAUAGACUGUCGCUAUGGUGACUGGCUGAGGAAGCACAUUUCAGCUGGUAAUGGUAGGUUCUGAUAGCAGGCCCCUUCCCCACCAAGGAGGACCAGGACAGGGGAUGCAUGGAGACACCCUCACCUCCUGCUCACCAGCCAUUGCAGCCCAGAAAUGUAUCAACCACUGCUUCACAGUUACUGGGGUCGCCAUUCCGGAACUUUCUAUCUGGCUGCAUUGAGAGUGUGUGUCCAUUACACAGGCUGCGACGUAUCAUCAUUCGUUUGGAAUCGGACAAUAAACGUGAGCCCUGUCAAUGAUGCCCAUUUCCUGAGGACUGGAACUAAUUCCUUCUUAGCUGGUGACCAUUUCCAACUUCCUUCUCUCCUACAAUCGACAGACUUUGAAUACCUAAACUUGGCACUAUCUGAUUGGGCACAGUUACUGGCUUCACUCUGACACACUCGACCCUAUGCCGCUUGGUCCAGUCACCAUUCUGUGCAGCGUGCAGCUGAACUGGUCGGGAUUUCCCCUUUGUUUGCUGUGAUUCUGUUGACCUAGAUUGGGGGAAGCAAACCCCUCUAGCUAUAUAGUUUUGCACCUUGUGUUUUCCAACUUCGUGAUUUUGUCAUUUGAUGACUUGUUUUCUGUAUUUAUUUUUAUGAUUGGUGGUUUCUGAGUCUUCACAGGGCACCCGGUUACUUUUCUUUUACAGUGUUGUCUUGAUAUCUUGGUGUGAACUGACUGGUUUUCCUCAGCUGACAAAACUGUUGUUGGGAAAACAAAAGGCCUGUGGUUCUGAAUUAAUCAGUUGUAAUUGUUGAGCACUGUGGCCUAAUCUCGUGGAAAAAAUGCCAGCAACAGAAACUUUCUGUGGGACUUCGGUAAUUUGCCAGAGCAAGCCUUUCCCUGGAUCCAGAGUGAGAGGGAUUUCCAUUGUAGUUGAAAAGUUCCAGAAUUCACCCUUUAACUCUCCCAGUGAUUUAGCAGAUAAAUGCACAGCCUCUAGAUCCAAGGGAGUCACCUGGACGAUAAAAGUGCUGUACUCUCUACCUGGGCCUGUUCUGGUGUAGGCCUUACCAUUAGCUUUUAUUGCCUUUUGGGAUGGGCAGUGGAAUAAAAUGACCUGCUUUUAAAGGGAAUGCCUGUUGAUGACACGGGCAGGGCAGCGUGGACCUGCAUGGGUUGUGAUGACCACCAUGUGGAAUAGCUCUCCACACUCCGGUUUUGAAAGGUCUCCGGAACUGAACUAAAUGGGGUGAAAAGGACCAACUGGCUGACAAAUUAGAGUCGCCAUAGUCCCACUCUGUCACUCGAGAGAGAGAGAGAGAGAGAGAGAGAGAGGGCUGGUGAUGGUUUAACCUGAGGGUCACCAGACCUCUGGUGAGGUUGAAGGGGAGUGACCAUCGUCAUAACAGCAACCACUGUGGGAGUUGAGCUCCUGGUAACGGCAUUGCUCUGGAUUGUAAACCAGCCUUCCAGCCACUGAGCUAACCAAUCCCCUACCAUUGUAGCAGCAAAAUAGUCGUUAUGGUCAAAUGUAUUGAUUUGGCGAGAUUCAUUGGCUGUUUUCCUGUCAUUUGUGUUUCACUGGGGUUUAGGAUCACCGAGCUAACUAGUUUUCACAUUUUAAUUGAAGCCUCCAGUUGCACCCGGACAAAUUGUUGUUAAUGGCACAAACCAUUUCAUUGAAUGAUUCAAGACGGACUGCACCUGAAACGUUAACUUCCUUGAUCUUGAGUGUUUCCCACAUUUUGCAUUUUUGUCAUUCUGUCUGUUUCCCGGCCGUGAUUAUUUUUGACCACCUGAUGGCCAUUGGUACCCUCACUGUGCCAGCAAGUCCAAGCCCCUGGCUAAUAACGAGCUCCUGGCUAAUACCUGGCAGAUGUGGUUUCAGGUACCGCUGGUGGGAUUUAAAUUAAAUCGAUUUUUUAAAAAUCUGGAACUGAAAGCUUCUCUCCACAGUGGUGGCUGUGAGCUGUCACAAUUUGUCCUUUCUGAAAAAACCCAUCUUGCUUUCACUCGUAUCCUUUUAGGAACUGAAAUCAGUCACCCUUACCUGGUCUGGUCUGGUCUACAUGUGACUCCAGUCUCAUGACAGUGAGGUUCACUCUUAAUUGCCCCCUGACAUGGUUCCAGCGAGUCACUCAGAUCGAAGGUCAUUCGGGAUGAGCAACAAAUGCUGGACUGGCCAGUGGUACCCACGUUCUAUGAAACUAUUGGUUGCAUUUAAAUCUGCCCCCUUGGGUGAUUUGGAACAAAUAAAUGAUUAGCAAACUGAUCUGUACAGCUCUCCCUCGAGCUUCAAUUAAUUAUUUAUGCUUGAGGCGUUUUUUUUUCUUUUGAGAGGAUCCAAUUGAUUCAAAUCAGAGGAUUUUAAUGAGUAAUGCUCAAGAAAUCAUAAGCAUAUGAUUUUGUUCCAACAAUGUUUAUAAUUAGUCUGUGCUUGUGUCAAGCAAGACUCGGCAGCAGAACGUUCUCUCGCUGGAAAUUGGCCUUGAAAUGUUCUGCAACUUCUUAUUCCCCAGCCUUUUUGACACCUACCUCUUUGACUAAGCUUUAGGUGGCUCAGUGUCAAAUUGCGUCUAGCACUCCGUUCCUGUGACACACUUGGAGGUCUUUUACUGUGGCAAAAGGUGCUACAUAAAUGCAAGUUUACUUCCCAUUGGGAAAGGGGUUUUGUAAUCGCCCCACCUGUUUUCUCCGCCUCACCGACUGACUCCAGUCUGUGUCACAGGUUCUGCUGUAGGCCCAGGGUGCACUCUGCUUUUGACCCUCCUAACUUUGCAAGUCCAGCAAGAACAUAGAGGUUAAGCCCUGGCAGAAGUGAAGUGACUCACUUACCUCACAGGUAUGGGCAUAGCCAGAACUGUAGUGUCAGGGGCAACCCUGGAUGUGCAUUAAAAUAAAUGUUAAACAACCACUGACCUCCUCUCAUUGGCAAGGCGUUUUGCAUAUUUUUGCCUUUCACAAACUCGCGGCUUGUUAGUGACUCCCUCAUCACAUUCUGCCACUUAUUACUGCUUGGUGUAUGAGAAUAUCCGGGGGUGCGAUCAUGUGGUUAACAUCAUAGAAUCCCUACAGAUAGAGGCCAUUUGGCCCAUCGAAUCGGCACUUACCCUCCAAAGACCCAGCCCACCGCCCCACCCCCCCUAUCCCUGUAAUCCACGUUUAUCUUGGCUAAUCCACUUAACCUGCACAUCUUUGGACUGUGGGAGGAAACCAGAGCAUCCAAAGGAAAUAGUCUGAAUGAAUUACUUUUUGCGUCUUUUUCUCUCUGAAAGAAGACCCCCUCCUACCCACCUCGAUCCCCACAAAUACUGAUGAUGGAAACUAUCGACAGUUUCAGAACGAAAUCGAGUAGGAUUCUUGAUGGUUACAGGGAUGCAGCAGGGUAAUCAGACUGUCUGACUAGUUCUGUCGAGAGCUGGCAUGGACUGGGGCCAAAUGGCCACCUCUUGUAUUGUUAAGCCUCUAAGCCACUGCGGUCAUUGCAAACAAGAUAACAUUGUUACAACUCUUUGAGCAGGAAGAGUUCUUUUCUUAAAUUCUAAUCUAUCUGUUUUAAGACUCUCCAUGUGUCUUGUGAGAAUGUUUUUGAACUUUUGGAUGAAGGAAGCAGUUGAAAAUGUUUUUACUGUAAAAUAUUUUUCCAACUCUAUUCUGGGUAUACUGUUUUAUUUUUACUGCAAGUGCAGGAAGUUGAAUGAGGAUUUAUUUCUUGUUCCAUUUGACCUGGACAGUUGGAGACUUUAUUUUCUGUCUGUGACUAUUUCUGUGUUCCGUAACUUGUGGAUGUGUUUUUAAUUUAUGAUGUCCUGUCACCUAGAUUCAGUUGAAGAGUUGAUUUCUGACAGCCUGGUGCUGUGUUUCAGAUUUCAAUAAAUAGUCACCAAAA